AUGCGUUCCGUUAUUGUACUCGUGUUGCUGGUGCUCGCUGUUGUAGUGAAUGGCGAGAAGUCUCAUAUCAAUUUGAAGCGAGUUGCAAGUCAGGGAUGUGAGUACUGCACUCUCCUGAUGCUGUGAUUUUACAGAACACCAUUUUAGCCGGUCUUUACAACAACUUAAAAGCCAGCUACGUUGCCAAGGCCGUUGGAACUCCACCCCAGAAACGUGAUGCCGCCUUUAACACCGCUUCAAACGAAGGUCGUGAAGGCACUGGGGCUACAACUACUGACGGCGAAGACAACGACGAUCUCGAAACCGACUGUCAUGGGGACCUUUAA